CAAAAAAAGAAGCUAAGUUAGCAACGGUUGUUCAGCUAGUGCGUUCCACUGUCCGUUUUAACAAUAAAACCAACUGUCUGUGGUAUGUUAGGUACAUAUAUAGAAGUAGUUCGAUACGUGUCAUUAGGAUAUGUACAUGUAACUGAACGUCUACUUACGUGAAGUGGUUUUAACGUUUAUUAGUUACAGCAGAGGGCGGCUAACGAUUUAUAAAGGUAACAGCGUUAAGCUAAGCUAACGGUGCAGUUAGCAAGCAGUAAGGUGUACAAGAAGACACCGUGCUCCUCGAUUAGUAGUUAAAAACAAGUCAGCGUUCAAAGUCUGAAUUCUUUCAAGUACAUUUAGGAAAAGUUGGGGAUAAUGCAUCACGUCAAGAUCAAAACCGAAAGGCCAGAUUUAGAGAGUAAUGCUGCUCGCAGCAAGUUGGAUGCUGUGCUCAAAGGUCUUGUGGAGAAGAGUGAAAAUGAGCGAGAGCCAAGUGAGAGUGAUCCAGGAAAGUUAUCAGUAGACACUCUCAAUAAGGAUUUGUCUCCAUCAUCUGCUGGAAAAAGACCUUCAACAAGAUAUCCACAGCACCGGAGGAAGAAACGGAAGGAGAUUGACGAGGGCAUUCCAGAGACCAAUCAGCAUAAACAAAAUGCUUAUGUUAUAAAGUUGUUUGAUCGCAGUGUCGAUUUGGCCCAGUUUAACACCAGUACCCCUCUAUAUCCAAUCUGCCGUGCCUGGAUGAGGAACAAUCCUUCUGUCCGAGAGCCAGCAGCUUCCCCAAGCUCCCCACACAGCAUGUCUGAAGAUGAGGUUACAGACAUGUUAAAUGGUAAAGGUCAGAAUGUGUUUCGACUCCCUCCUCCAACUUCCAGUCCACUUAGUUCUUCUGGAGAACCCAUCAAUCUCAGGAUCCCACAGACUGAAAAGCCCGCUUUUUCCAAGUUAAGUGAAGUUCCUCUUUCAGACCCUCUUAUAAGUGAUCAUAUGGAACGCUGGAAAAAGAUAAGACAAAAAUGGAAAGAGUGCUCCAAUAAGAACCAGUUAAGAUACAGUGAAAGCAUCAAGAUUCUGAAGGAGAUGAAGGACCUUUUUGAUCACUGACACAUCAGGACUGUCUUGUACAGAAUGGACUGUCUUUAUUUCCAACGGAGCCGUGGUUUUACAUUUAGUUCAAAGAUUCACAGAAAAGCAUGAGCAGAACUUCUGAUUCUAGAAGAUUUUUAUUCUUUUGUUUUGUAUAUAUAAAAGUUAACAUUUCUUAUGUGCACUCAUCCUGUAGUGUCGUGUGAGGGACUUAAUUUAAAAAUGUGUAAAUGUAUGAAUAGAUUAAGUUGUGUGUAGUAUUUGUGACUUGAGCGUUCUUAACACCAAAAACCAUAACCUCAGGUUUACGUCUUUGAUUUGAGAUUUCAGAGAAAUAAGCAGAAGUAAAUAAAAAAAUAGAGAUUUUA